CAUGUAAGGCGGUGUCCGCAAAACGAACAAUUUCACCAAGUUUUAGAUGCUUAGUUGCUUCUAUAUAACAACGCCGUUUGGUGUAAAGCAAACACUUGAACAUUCGCGUGUUUUUUCUGCGUUAUUGAGUUACAAAAUAAUUUCCCUCAAGUUGGUAUGCUUAACGUUUGUAAUCUAGGUUAUCAAAUAGUGUUAUCAGUUUGUAAUUUAAAUUAUUCCAACUAUUAUUACGGUUCGCGAUAUCUGAAAAGCAAAUUAUCGAUUAUCAAUCAGGAGACCCAUUUUCUCAGUGGAUUGCCAAUAUAUCAAGUCAAAAAAUCGUGCAUCUAAAAACAACUUUUGAAAAUGUGUGAACAUUCUUGACUUCUAAAAAACGUAACCAUUUGACCAGUGGAAAAUAGUGAUUAAUAUUCAAGCAGACACGCUUAAUGUUAAACAUAAAGCGACUUGCGUACCCCCAGCAGCAGCCCUCGCCAACCAUUGGAAAGAAAUUUAAUCGAAAAAUUCGACCAUCGAACGAACCUGAAACCCUGGUUCCGGGCUGUAUGGACAAAUGGUUUGGAGAAAAACGAUUGUGGUUGUUUGGUAACCAUUUGCCAUUACUUCCUAGAAGUAAUCUUCCUUUCAGAUGGACCUCUGGAGACUCAAGUGCGGGAAGUGCCCUAAAAGCAUUAGCAGAGAGAUCACGUGGAAGCAGCAGAAUGGAUCGAUACGAAAAGUUGAGCCGACUUGGAGAAGGAUCGUACGGAGUUGUGUAUAAGUGCCGCGAUCGUGACACGGGGUCACUGGUCGCCGUGAAACGGUUCGUCGAAUCAGAGGACGAUCCGGCCAUCAGGAAGAUAGCUCUGCGAGAAAUUCGCUUGUUGAAAAAUCUCAAACACUCAAAUUUAGUGUGUUUGUUGGAGGUCUUUCGACGGAAACGACGACUUCAUCUGGUGUUUGAAUUUUGCGAACACACCGUGCUGCACGAGUUGGAAAGACACCCGGAAGGAUGUCCAGAUAAUCUUACCAAGCAGAUUACUUUCCAAACUAUACAAGGUGUGGCUUACUGUCACCACGCCGGAUGUCUACACCGGGACAUUAAGCCGGAAAACAUCCUACUAACUGCCCAAGGACAGGUGAAACUUUGUGACUUUGGGUUCGCCCGAAUGCUUAGUCCCGGCGAAAACUAUACCGACUACGUGGCCACGCGUUGGUACCGAGCUCCGGAACUGCUCGUCGGAGACACACAGUACGGAACACCGGUGGACGUCUGGGCAAUCGGGUGCGUAUUUGCCGAACUUGUGCGAGGCGAUGCCCUUUGGCCCGGAAGAAGCGAUGUGGACCAGCUCUUCCUCAUCCGUCGUACACUCGGUGAUUUGCUACCUCGGCAUCUGGCAAUAUUUAAUCAAAACGAGUUUUUCAAGGGUAUCACUUUGCCGGUUCCUCCUACAUUGGAGCCUCUAGAAACUAAAAUGCCUCCACGAACUCUAGCUAACCCAAUGAUGAUGGAUUUCCUAAAGAAAUGCCUGGACAAGGAUCCUGCAAAACGAUGGUCCUGUGAGAGACUAUCGACCCAUCCGUAUUUCGAGGAUUACGUGAGCAAGCAGAAGGAAAUCGAGCAAACCAUAACGCUGGAAAGUCAGAAGCUUAACAGCAGAGAUUCAAAAUCAAAAAUUUCAAAUACAUCUCUGCCACAGCUUCCGGCCACCCAGGAGUCCCGCAUGCCGCAGAAAAAUCUUUAUCUUCGCUCUGAUCAUCAUCUACCUACCAUAUAGGUUGCACCUCUUGAAUCCUUAUUGUGUAUGAGCUUUACUGCCGCUCAAAGCAAGUCCGUCCCAUAUGUAAUUUCGUCAAUUUUGAGGUAAUGAUGCAGUUUGAUUCGAAAUCAUGUGAACUAUCAGAAAACCCAAUAAACUUUAGUACUUUGUUCCA